AUGGCUGGCGACAGGAAAUCGUCCACAGACGUCGCGAACAGUCUGCAUCAGUUCAUACUAUUCCACAUGCCCAACAGUGCCCAUUACCCGGCAUUAGCUGGAUUAUCGAGAGAAGAGUUCACGUCCAAAAUGCUUAGCACACUGCUCUACAGCUGCUUCGAGCUCGGCUCAUUUGUUAUGCUGAUCGUUGUGCUAAAGCGCAAGCUCGGGUAUUCCAGCUUGCAGCAGCUAGCUUUCGUUCUGGAUGUGUAUGCCGGUAUCGUUCAGACGAAGCUGAACUUGGUAUUCGUCUACAUCAUGCAAGUGUCGUUGGAUCACAACGGUGCCGAUUUCUCGUUUAAGCUCGCGUGGCUAAACUCAAAGCGAAUCCACUGA